CGAGCAGAGUGAUAUGAUUGACGGUGGCGAGCUAGUGGAUGUCUGAAAAAAUAAUUCAAAAGCAGUUGCAAGAAAUAUUUGAAAUUUUGUGUAAAAAUCAUUUUCGGCAUGGACGAUAACGAAGAGUUAGAAUACGUGGAGGAGGAUUACUAUGCUUUUCUCAAUGUUCCGCACAAUGCCUCACCGGAGGAAAUAAGUACCGCUUAUAGGAGUCUUAGCCGAAUUUACCACCCGGACAAGCAUGUCGAUGUGCGUAACAAAGAGAAAGCGGAGAUGAUGUUCAACCGAACGAAAAAGGCGUAUGAAGUUCUUUCGGAUCCGCAUCAGCGAGCGAUUUACGACUCGCUGGGGAACAAGGGUCUACAAACGGAAGGAUGGGAACUUAUUCACCGAACCAGAACACCGGCUGAAAUUCGAGAAGAAUACGAGCGGUUGGCACGGGAACGAGAAGAGCGUCGAUUGCAACAGAAGACGAAUCCGCGAGGAAACAUAACGGUUCAAAUCAAUGCGACCGAUGUUUUCAGCAAGUACGAAGGAGACUACGACGAUGGGGGAUUAUUCCCAGUGAUCGAAGUGUCGGGGAUGAGCAUGUCACAAUCGAUUGAGGCUCCUCUCUCCAGGACGGACACUGCCACGCUUUCCGGCAAUCUACACCUGCAAAAUGGGGUAGGCAGCGGAAACUUUCUGCUUUCUGGACGAAGGCUUAUCCAUAAGGGCUGGUUUGAGGUGGAUUGUGGAGCAGGGAGCGGGCCGGUGUUGGGCGUUAAAGGUUCAAGAAAUUUAACAAAUCGGCUCUUCCUAAACGGGGGAACGACGGUCAAUUUUAGACAAAACGCUAUUAUCCCGGGAAUUGCUGGAACAUUGGCUAUCCAGCUAGAUAAACAUACGGUCGGGUAUUUGACAUACAACGCUGGUCUACAGAGCUCAAUGUCCACUACAAUCGAGCAUAACACGGAUAAGUAUCAUUACAAUUUAAGUGCCACUCUCGGGAUUCCACACUGUUAUCUUACUGCCAGUUAUACUCGAAAACUCGUCGAACAGGAACUGAAACUGAGAGUAGCUUUGAAGGGAGGUACAUUCGGAUUUCUAGCAGAAUAUGGGGCAGAGAAAAAGGUAUCCAAGUAUAGUUCCGUGGUGGCAACUGUCAGCGUGGGAGUGCCCACGGGCGUUACCUUGAAAGUUAAAAUUAUUCGUUCAACGCAGACGUACCUUUUUCCAAUUCAUUUGAGCGAAGAAAUCAUUCCGGCGGCAGUUUUCUACGCCACUAUUACUCCGCUGGUAACGUACUUUGUGCUGAAGAAGGUCAUUAUUGAUCCGAUGAACCUGGCUGCGAAGCAGCGAAAUAUUGAGAAGAUCAAGGAAAUCAAUCGCACAAGGAUGUCAGAAAAGCGUCGGGAAGCUGAAUCUGCGAUUGCUCUAAUGGGUGCUAUGUACGAACGUAUUCGUAACGACGAGCAGAAGCGUAAAGGGCUAAUCAUAGUCUCUGCACUUUACGGAAAAUUUGGACGGGAUGAAAAUGUGUCGGUCGAGCAGCACGAUGAAAUGGGUUUUAUUCAGCAUAACCCAGAUGUGAUUGAUGUCAAAAUUCCCCUUCAGUGCCUGGUGAAAGAUUCACGAUUGAUGCUGUACGGAUCUACGAAGAGUGAACUACCCGGAUUCUACGAUCCCUGUUACGGAGAAGACAAACUAUUACGAAUUGACUAUGAGUAUCAGAACCGGUCUUUUAGUAUCAGUGUGGCUGACAAUGAAGAUAUUAGGAUACCUGAAAAUGCAAACGGCAGCCAAACACAAAACUAAACCAAAAUACCUGCUAAGUUCAUUUCAAGCUAGAACCUUGCUAAGAAGGUUGAAAACCGAGUGUUAUUGUGUAGCACAAAAACUACGAGGAUAUUUCACCAUUAAUUUGUUAUAGCUGCUUAGUUUAUUCAACUGCCUAAAAACAUGUUACCAAAUAGAAUGAAACAUUCCGGCAUUUCUACUUCGAACAUCCUUUUCCAGGUCUUCAAACAGAUGCAUUUAGUAUCUAACGCACCACAGGGGUCUGAUAUUUGGUAUAAGAGUUUCAGCCAUCUGGGCUUCUGUUAAAAAGUCGAUUUUCAGAGUGAUUGCAUAACCUUUUAUAGGAGAAUAAUAAAAUGGUUGAUAUGGG